AGAGGCACACUCCGCUAAAACAGCGGCUCCUCCGUCAUCUGGUCAGCUGACCGCUGACUUGAGUCUCGUGAUUCGAGACGUUCGCUGCAGUUGGUGUUCAACUCGCUCCGGGAUCCGUUCAGAACACUUCAACUCUCAUCAUGAAUCAGAACUCACAAGGCGUACAACAGCUCCUGGCUGCUGAAAGACGGGCGUCCGAUAAGGUCGCCGAGGCUCGCAAGCGCAAGGCCCGUCGUCUCAAGCAAGCCAAAGACGAAGCACAGUCUGAAAUUGACAAGUACCGCCACGAGAAGGAGUCCGCAUUUAGGGCGUACGAAGCGUCCCACAUGGGAUCGCGAGACGAUGUUCAGAAACGAAUUGAGGCUGACACUCAACGUCAAAUACUCGAGGUGAAUCAGCUCGUAGCGAAAAACAAGGACGAAGUUAUCAAGGGUCUCCUCGGCCUCGUCUACGACAUAGAGGCUCACGUGCAUAAGAAUCUGAAAAUCGCCACUGGGGCAUAAACUGGCUCCGGUAUACCACGCUUCUCCAGUAAAGAUCGGGCUAUGUUCUGUGCGGAGAGAGUCAAGAGGACGUAGAGAAGUUCCGAGAAAUUCUAUGAAAGAAAUUGAUCAUUCCAGAGUGUUUGCGUGGCGGACUCUCGUAGUUUCGUAUCGAUUACGGACCAGUUCUGAAUGUUUUUUUUUCGAACAAGAGAUUCGAGGGUCUGCUGACUGAUGUUGUAAUAAAGUUCUAUUAUGUUAUGAAA